AUGUUCAAGCCAGACGUUUAUCCUAACAAAUACAGUGAACUUCGAAGUAUAUACAAAAACUAUACCGAUUCAUAUCUUGCGUUGUAUCAGCCGAAAACGGAAACAGAAGAAGAAUUAAAGUCAAUUUGUAAAAGGAUUAUAACAGAAUUGAUUGAUUCAAUGAAAUUUCUUCCCACAAAUGUAAUAAAAGACAUUUUAGAUAUCAUUCCAUAUAAUAAUCGCUAUACAAAGUCAUAUUUAUUUCUUGCCAAAUUGUUAUGUGAUGAAUAUCAUGUCAAAGAAGUCAAAAACCUCAUACCUAUCUCAAAUUUCCUGUUUCGUAAAGAAUAUGGAAUUAAAUUAGACAAAAUAAACUAUUUCAGACAAUUCAAUUCAGAAAAUCUCGACAUUCAUACAGAAAAUACAAUUCACAGAGCAAUUGUGUAUAAUGACUUAGAAAAUUUCAUUGCUUUCACAGAAAGGAAUGGAUUUGAUAAAGAUCAAACACUUCAAAGCCAAUUAUAUCCAUAUUCUAAGAAAGGAUAUUCAUUACUCGAAUUAUGUUGUUACCAUGGAGCAGUUGAUUGUUUCAAGUUCUUAAGAACGAAAUUUAACUCAGAAAUAACUCAAACAUGUCUAGAAUUUUCAUUUUUAGGAGGAAAUCCAGAGAUCAUGAGUGAAUGUUUGAAAUAUCAAGAACCAGAUGAAGAAUGUAUGAGAUAUGCAAUUAUUUCAUACAACAUUGAUUUUGUUACAUUUUUGAUGAAUGAAUACAAUAUAGAGAUCGAUUUAGAAUACUGUGGAAUUUACAAUAAUCUUGAAUCCUUUUUAGUAUACUUCGAUUAUACUAAAGAUAAGCACAAAUGCUUUGUUUAUUCAUUGAUGUUUAAUAUUCCAUCCAUUUUGGAAUACUUCCUUUCACAUGGCGCGAAUAUCAAUGGAAAAAAUGAUAAAGGAUUAAACGCUCUUCAUAAUGCAGCAAUGAAUAAUAGUAAAGAAACAGUGGAACUUCUUAUUUCACAUGGUGCAAAUGUUAAUAAAAAAGGUUUAAUGGGAGAAACCGCACUUUAUUUUACAGCAUGGAAUAAUAAUGAAGAAAUUACCGAAUUUCUUAUUUCACAUGGUGCAAAUGUUAAUGAAAAAAAUGAUAAAGGAGAAACCCCACUUCAUAUUGCAGCAAGUUUUAAUAGUAAAGAAACAGCCAAAGUUCUUAUUUCACAUGGUAUAAAUAUCAAUGAAAAAGAUAAAUUUGGAGAAACCGCCCUUCAUAUGGCACUAAUGAGAAAUGGUAAAGAAACAGCCAAAAUUCUUAUUUCACAUGGUGCUACUGUGUAUUAA